AUGUAUGUUCCACCGAAGGAGCCGGUUAGUAAGGAUAUGGAUACUCCAGCUGAGACUGAAAAGGAUGUAAAUAUUUUCAAGCAGUCAAAUGAUCCCACACCCGAACAGAUGGACGCUCCCAUUGCUCGACUACAGUCAACUGCAAGGAAGCCUCCCCAAGCAGUUCCUGUUAUUUCUGAUUCUCCAUCUAAGAGUGAUAACAUUGAUUCAGACGCCUCCUUAGUGCCAAGAUGUCACACCCCCGAACCAGACGGCGGAAACGUCCGAGGGCUUGCGUGA